AUGAGCAUUCAUAUUCUAGGAACAGGAGCUAUUGGAUGCCACAUUGCAUCCGUCUUAAAGUCCAAUAAACUACCAGUAACACUCCUGCUUCGUUCUCGCAACCACCUAAAUGACUUUAGCAGCCGUCAAAACACCAUCACCUAUCGUUCUCAAGGACACACCAACAAGAUAUCCGGUUUUGAAGCAAGUGUUGUGGGAGACGCAACUGACCAAACACCCAUCCAGUCACUCAUUGUAGCCACCAAGGGUCACCACACUCUCAAGGCGCUUGCUCCCAUGGCCUCUCGAUUGUCUGCCCAGAGCACCAUUUUGCUGCUUCAGAAUGGAAUGGGUGUUGCAGAAGAAUUGGUGGAAAACUUGUGGCCAAAUAGUACCCCACCUGCUAUUUUUAUUGGCGUGAAUCGUCAUGCAGUUGAGCGUAUGGGCCCUUAUGAUAUCACACAUCAUUCUGGUUAUGCUGACCCAGACGCUUUGCGGAUUGGAAGGUUCCCUCAUGCAAAUGCAGCUGAAGAUACACCACAGUCAGAACUUGUAUCCCAACUCGUUGCCAUCCCAGAACUGAAUGCAGCUCAGUUGCCUUGGCAUCAGGUGCUAGUCAAGAUGUACAAAAAGUUGGUUGUCAAUGCCUGUAUCAACGCAGUGGCAUCUGUGCUCAUGUACAAGAACAUUGGCAACAUCAAGAACGGCAAUCCCAGUGGUAUUGCCCUGAUGAGGUCCAUCUGCCAGGAAGCGCAUGAUGUCUUUAAAGAGGACUUGCCUGGUGAAACAGUGGAUUCGUUGAUGAACAUGGUGCUGGCCAUCAACCAAGAAGCAGGAGAGAAUGUGUGUUCGACCCUGCAAGAUAUCCGAUCCAAGAACCUCACAGAGAUUGAUUAUUUGAACGGCUACAUAUGCAAGAAGGGCAAAGAACGAGGCAUUGAUGUGCGUUAUAACCAAGCCAUGGUGUACAUUAUCCACGCAAAAGAAGCACUGUAUGAAUAG